CGCCCAGCCCGCCCAACCCGCCGCCGGUCUGGGGUCUGUGGCCUUUGGAGGGUUCGAGCGUCAGCUGGCCGGGAAGCCGGCGAGCUGCCGCGAUAGGCUAGUGGGCCGAGCCGUAGGCCCGGCUGCCCCUCCCGGGGAGAGAGGAAGGAGCUGCUCUCCAGUCCCCGCAGCCUGCGGAGGCCGGUGAGGGAGGCCGAGGAGCACGGAGACGCUGCGGGCGCCGCCGCCAAUGGCCGCCAUGAUGGAGCGGAAGUGAGCUCCGGGCGCGGGCUGCCGGCGAGAGCGCUUCGGUCUCGCUGCCCGGCGCUGCCCGGGGCCCCCGCGCGGCUCUGCGGAGCCCGGCCCUCCCGGCUCUCGCGACCCCUGCCCCUCGGCUCCCGCCGCUUACCCCGAGACUGAGCGGCGGGGAGUGGCUCCCGGCCUGCGGCCCCGGCUGCCAGAAAGAUGGCGGACCCGGCGGAGUGCAACAUCAAAGUGAUGUGUCGCUUCAGACCUCUCAACGAGUCCGAGGUGAACCGCGGCGACAAGUAUGUCGCUAAGUUCCAGGGGGAAGACACGGUGAUGAUCGCGUCCAAACCUUACGCAUUUGAUCGUGUGUUCCAGUCAAGCACAUCUCAAGAGCAAGUGUACAAUGAUUGUGCAAAAAAAAUUGUUAAAGAUGUUCUUGAGGGCUACAAUGGAACAAUAUUUGCAUAUGGGCAGACAUCAUCUGGGAAGACACACACAAUGGAGGGUAAACUACAUGAUCCAGAAGGCAUGGGUAUUAUUCCAAGAAUAGUGCAAGAUAUUUUUAAUUAUAUUUACUCGAUGGAUGAAAAUUUGGAAUUUCAUAUUAAGGUUUCAUAUUUUGAAAUAUAUUUGGAUAAGAUAAGGGACCUGUUAGAUGUUUCAAAGACCAACCUUUCAGUCCAUGAAGACAAAAACCGUGUUCCUUAUGUAAAGGGGUGCACAGAACGUUUUGUAUGUAGUCCAGAUGAAGUUAUGGAUACCAUAGAUGAAGGGAAAUCCAACAGACACGUAGCAGUUACAAAUAUGAAUGAACAUAGCUCUAGGAGUCACAGCAUAUUUCUUAUUAAUGUGAAACAAGAGAAUACGCAAACGGAACAGAAACUGAGCGGAAAGCUUUAUCUGGUUGAUUUAGCGGGCAGUGAAAAGGUUAGUAAAACUGGAGCUGAAGGUGCUGUGCUGGAUGAAGCUAAGAACAUCAACAAGUCACUUUCUGCACUUGGCAAUGUCAUUUCUGCUUUAGCAGAGGGCAGUACCUAUGUUCCAUAUCGAGAUAGUAAAAUGACCAGAAUUCUUCAAGAUUCAUUAGGUGGCAACUGUAGGACCACCAUUGUCAUCUGUUGCUCUCCGUCGUCAUACAAUGAGUCGGAAACAAAAUCAACACUCCUCUUUGGUCAAAGGGCCAAAACAAUUAAGAACACAGUCUGUGUCAAUGUAGAGUUAACUGCAGAGCAGUGGAAAAAGAAGUAUGAAAAAGAAAAAGAAAAAAAUAAGACUCUACGAAACACCAUUCAGUGGCUUGAAAAUGAACUCAACCGAUGGCGUAAUGGGGAGACAGUGCCUGUCGAUGAGCAGUUUGACAAAGAGAAGGCCAAUUUGGAGGCUUUCACAGCAGAUAAAGAUAUUACCAUCACCAAUGACAAACCAGCAGCUGCAGUUGGAGUGGCUGGCAGUUUUACAGAUGCUGAAAGAAGGAAGUGUGAAGAAGAGAUCGCUAAACUGUAUAAACAACUUGAUGACAAGGAUGAAGAGAUUAACCAACAAAGCCAACUAGUGGAGAAAUUGAAGACACAAAUGUUGGAUCAGGAAGAGCUUCUGGCCUCAACCAGAAGGGAUCAAGAUAAUAUGCAAGCUGAACUGAAUCGCCUCCAGGCAGAAAAUGACGCCUCUAAAGAAGAAGUCAAAGAAGUUUUACAAGCCUUAGAAGAACUGGCUGUUAACUAUGACCAGAAGUCUCAGGAAGUUGAAGACAAAACCAAGGAAUAUGAAUUGCUUAGUGAUGAAUUAAAUCAAAAAUCUGCAACUUUAGCAAGUAUUGAUGCUGAGCUUCAGAAACUGAAGGAAAUGACCAACCACCAGAAGAAACGAGCAGCUGAAAUGAUGGCAUCAUUGCUAAAAGACCUUGCAGAAAUAGGAAUUGCUGUAGGAAAUAAUGAUGUGAAGCAACCGGAGGGCACUGGUAUGAUAGACGAAGAGUUCACCGUUGCAAGGCUCUACAUUAGCAAAAUGAAAUCGGAAGUAAAAACCAUGGUGAAACGCUGCAAACAGCUGGAAAGCACGCAGACUGAGAGCAACAAAAAGAUGGAAGAAAAUGAGAAGGAGCUAGCAGCAUGCCAGCUCCGCAUCUCCCAACACGAAGCCAAAAUCAAGUCACUGACCGAAUACCUUCAAAAUGUAGAGCAGAAGAAGAGACAGCUAGAGGAGUCUGUUGACUCUCUUGGGGAGGAGCUGGUCCAACUUCGAGCACAAGAGAAAGUCCAUGAAAUGGAAAAAGAGCACUUGAACAAGGUUCAGACUGCAAAUGAAGUGAAGCAAGCCGUUGAACAGCAGAUCCAGAGUCACAGAGAAACUCACCAAAAACAAAUCAGUAGUUUGAGAGAUGAAGUUGAGGCAAAGGAAAAACUAAUCACCGAUCUCCAAGACCAAAACCAGAAGAUGGUGUUGGAGCAGGAACGCCUAAGAGUGGAGCAUGAGAGGCUGAAAGCUACGGACCAGGAGAAGAGCCGGAAGCUGCAUGAGCUCACGGUUAUGCAAGACAGACGGGAGCAAGCAAGGCAAGACUUGAAGGGUUUGGAGGAGACAGUGGCCAAAGAACUUCAGACUUUGCACAACCUGCGGAAGCUCUUUGUUCAGGACCUGGCUACCCGGGUGAAAAAGAGUGCCGAGGUUGACUCUGACGACACUGGAGGCAGUGCUGCCCAGAAGCAGAAGAUCUCCUUCCUAGAGAACAAUCUGGAGCAGCUCACCAAAGUGCACAAGCAGUUAGUGCGUGAUAAUGCAGAUCUUCGCUGCGAACUUCCUAAGUUAGAAAAGCGACUCAGAGCUACUGCUGAGAGAGUAAAAGCUUUGGAGUCAGCCCUGAAAGAAGCCAAAGAAAAUGCAUCUCGUGACCGCAAACGCUAUCAGCAAGAAGUAGAUCGGAUAAAGGAAGCAGUCCGGUCAAAGAAUAUGGCCAGAAGGGGGCACUCUGCACAGAUUGCAAAGCCCAUCCGUCCUGGACAGCACCCAGCAGCCUCUCCAACUCACCCUGCUGCAGUUCGUGGAGGAGGCACAGUUGUUCAGAACAACCAGCCAGUGGCACUUCGAGGUGGCGGAGGCAAGCAGGCGUAAUCCUUGACACAUCGCAGGUAUUGAAAAGUAAUUGAAGUUUGAAGAGGACAUAAAAUCAAAAGAGUCUUUCAAUAACUCUAACCUCUACCCCCUUGGGAUUGUAGACAUUUGAUUUUUUACUGUGUAAAUUAUUCCUAACCUGUACAGCUGUUUCCUAUCUACUCUUGUAAACUCUGCUGCUUCCCAACACUAGAGUGCAAUGUUGAUGUCCUAGAAGGGAAUGACAGUUACAGCUGCGGCCUAUUUAUUACGGUUUGUCUUUGGUGUCUGCGCUGUGCCCAGUAACUACAUGACAGGACUGUGUUCCUUUCAAUGCCUUUCUGUGUCUUUAAUCUUGUUUACAUUACCUAGCUGCUAUUGCUGUUCAUUUUUCUUUUCCUACUAAAUGUCUUCUUUUUUUUUUUUUUUUAAAGGAAAUAUGGACUAUUUAGAUUAAAUGUCUUAAACUUUACCACUUACAAGACUACAUGCCACAAAAUAGAUCAGUGAGUACUGUAUUUCAGAAAUCCCUUGAGCAGGGUGUAGUGGCAUACGUAUUUAAUCCCAGGCAGAGGCAGGUGGAUAUCAUCCAGUUUGAGACUGGCCUGAUCUAUCUAGUACGUUCCAGGAGAGACCCUGUCUCAAAAAACAAAGAAAAAAAAUUAAUAAAUUUAAAAAUAAAUAUCCCUUGAAAUGAAAUCAGAGUUUAUGUCUCUGGAGUCUCUGAAGCUGGCCUCUGAAAACACUGAACACUGAGACCUCGGAUUGUCUAGUCAGGAGCUCAAGACUGAGCAGGCUGCUUGACUGUUAGCUCAUGAGAUUCCUGUUGCAUCUUACUUUAAAUAGAAACAUUUUACAUAUCAAAAGCAAGUCUCAUUUUAAGGAUGAGUUUGGAAAUGGUUGUGUAUUUCUACUUCUGCACUCAACAUAGCUUAAUGGGACAGUAGUGCCCUGCUUCAUUCUGUUAUACCUGCCUGCUAGAGCAAGAAUUGACAGAUGCUAAUGCCAUCUUUAAUAUUAGGAAAUAUUAUGGAUUAAGACAUUAGAGAAUUAAACAAUUUUAAAUUGUUAAAUAAUUGCAUUGACUUAUAAAUUCAUAGCCUUUGAAAAUUGAGAAAAAUUGUGAAUAGGACAGAUAAACCAUAAACUUAAAAAUACAUGGUUAAUUCUGCUCUGAAAUCUUGAAGGUGGUUUUCACCUGCUACACUAAGUCAUACACUAUAAUUUGUUUGGUUAGAAAUAAUAACUUGUUUGCAAGUCACUAAUAAUCCUCAGAAAAGUUAGAUUGUUGGCCAUAGUGCAUAAUUUUGUAAUUAAAACUGUGUGUACCUAUUUUUGCCACUCAUUUUUCAGAUGAUUAAAUUCAAAUCAGGUUUAUUUUAAGGAACUAUAAAAGUAACAGGGAAAGAUUUCAACAUCUGCUUCCUUAGUGCUGGGGUAACUGCAACCCUGUUAGCAGAAAUCCACAGGAAAUGGGGUGUCUGAGGUUAUUCGGUUGAUAGAGGAGCUUUGGAAGUUCUGUGUUAGAAUCUGGCUGUCAGAAUCUUUGAAAAGUUUUAUAUACAGAUAUUUGUAUUAUUAAAUUUGGAGCCAUAGUCAGGAGACUCAGAUCAUAAUUGGCUUAUUUUUCUAUUUCCUUAACUAUUGUAAUUUCCACUUUUAUAAUAAUUUUGAUUUGAAAAAUAAACUUAUUUAUUUUUUUAACAGUCAAAAUCUUUGCUGUUGUAGUCUGCAGCCUUUAAUGAUUGUGUUGCUUUUAUGAUUGAAAGAAACACUCCACAAUUGAAGUGAAACCUUGAUGCAGCAAGGUGUGUAAGUCGUGGUUAAGUAAGAUGCACGGCUCCUGUGGUCAUCACUGUCUCUGUGAGAGACAUCUGGCUGCAUUCAUAAGGACGUUCUUUCCAAGUGAAAAUUUGCUGCUUUCGCACUUUUCAUAAUGGAAAAAAAAACCUCUUUUGUCUGAAUACAGUAGUUUUAAAAUGUAUCAUGGGUAUUGGUGCUGUGUAACACAAUGAAUUGUAACUAGCAUGUUGUUAAGAAAACACAUUGUUAGGUUUUUUUAAAUUUUAAUGUUUCUUUUCUAUUUAUAAUUUCAAACUUUCAUAAAGUAUACUAAGAAUUUCAUAAAUUUCUUUUCAGUGAACUGAACUGCUCUUUUUUGCUAUGAUAGGUCAUUAAAUAUAGCAUUCACUUGAAAUGGACAUUUUUUUAUCAUCUAGAAUAUUGAAAGUAUUUUAAUUUGCAGUGUCUUUUUUUGUGACUGGAUAUAUUAGUGUCCUUCUGAGUGGUAUUGGUAAUUGGUUCAGAAAAGAAACUCAGUGAACUAAGAGUAGUAUUUAUUCAUGGUGAUCAAUUAAAUUAUUUGCCUAACUUAAGGAAACUAACUGCUAUGCAUAACUGAAUUUAUGUGCAACUCUCAGUUUGACUGGAGGUAACAGAAGAGAGUCUGAGUCUACCUGUGGAGUAUGCUGGCUUAGUGUCAGUGCUUAGAGUUCAUUCACGCAGAAAUGGUUUGGGAAGACACCAUAGAAUUUUAAGUUACCCUGCAUGCUGUAAAUGAAUUUAAAUAAAGGAAAAUCUUUUUGAAAUGUAA